CAUGUUUGUGCAAUCUAUCGCGUUUUACAGGUCUUCCUCUCGCAAAGCAAUUGAAGAACUCCAUUCUCAACAACGGCAAAAGAAAAAAGUCAGAAUGGAGCAACCGAAGGGCAUCAACAUUCUCAUUACGGGCACUCCCGGCACAGGCAAGACGUCCAUGGGCGAGAUGCUCAUCGCAGAGCUCGAGGGCUUCCAGCACGUCGAAGUCGGCAAGCUGGUGAAGGAGAACCACUUUUACACUAAGUACGAUGAGGAGCUCGACACGCACAUUAUAGAAGAGGAGGACGAGGACCGUCUAUUGGACUUUAUGGAGCCGCUGAUGGUGAAGGGCGGCAAUCACGUCGUUGACUACCAUUCCAGCGAGCUGUUCCCGGAGCGGUGGUUUCACCUGGUCGUGGUGUUGCACGCGUCAACGGAGGUGCUGUUCGAGCGGCUGACAAACCGCAAGUACAGCGAGGCGAAGCGAGGCGAGAACAUGGAGGCGGAGAUUCAGUGCAUCUGCGAGGAGGAGGCCCGUGAGGCGUACAGGCCGGACGUUGUGCUGGUGCGCGAGAACGAUACGUUGGAGCAGAUGGCCGCCACCGUGGACGAGAUUCGCGAUCGGGUGGAGGAGAUGAAGGUGUCACGCGGGCUAUGA